AUGUUACCCCACACAAUAAUUCUUGAACCUGUUCAGGAAUGCAUUUUUGCUUCUUUUGUUGGCGCCCUAUCUUUCGGGUAUUUAUUUGGACAACAAGCAAUGUUUCCCUUUUUGGCAUUUCAUUUUAUUUAUUGGGCUACUUGUGAUUUUAUUUUAAUUCGAACACUUCAAAAUGGACAGUUACCCUUUUCAAUUUCCCAAUUUUUAUUUUGUUGGAUACUCCGUGAAUUAAUGGCUUUCCCAAUUUUUGUAAAAGCCGUAUUGAACCCUCACAUUGGGUGGCGCUUUGGUACAUAUCAACUAUGUUGGGGUGGAAGAAUAAAACCGAUGAAAGAAAAUUAA